AGAUUGGAGUAUGGCUUUCAAAGUGGAGUUUGUUCACUGUAUCAGUAAGCAGUUGUUGAAUCUGCAUUGCAUGCUGCUGGGAGGACAGUCUUUCAGAUGGACCGAGAAAAGGGAUAAUUGCUUCAUGGGAGUUGUAAGGAAUUACGUUGUGCAGAUAGAACAGCAUCCAACAAAGUGUCGCUUCAGUUUGAGCUCCAACGUCAAAAUGGAAGAGUCUGCCGUUCGUGCUGAAUUGGAGGAUUAUUUACAACUAAAUUUUCCAAUCGAGGAUUUCUAUAAAUUGUGGUGCCAACGAGAUCCAAAUCACUUCGAGAAGAAAGCACGCGCUUUGUCUGGUGUGAGGAUGCUGCGCCAGGACCCAUUUGAAAAUGUCAUUUCCUUCAUAUGCUCUCAGAAUAACCAUAUAUCCAGAAUAUCACAACUUGUCAAUAAAGUCUGUGUACAUUUUGGCUCGUAUAUUACUACAAUCGACGGACAAGAUUUCUACGCAUUUCCAAGUUUAGAUGACCUUCUGGAAGUGAAAGAUCUUGAAAAGAGGUUGCGGGAUUUGGCAUUUGGAUACAGGGCAGCUUAUGUCUCCAAAGCUGUUCAGUUUCUAGCUAAUCAGCAGGGAUCGAAAGGGGGAGGAGGUGGUGAGAUGUGGUUGAACCAGUUGAGAGAUGUAUCUUACGAAGAGGCAAAGACGAAGCUGCUACAGAUUCCGGGCAUCGGACCCAAGGUGUCUGACUGUGUGUGUCUGAUGUCUCUGGACAAAACCAGUGCAGUACCAGUGGACACACAUGUACUGCAGAUAGCACAGAGAGAUUACAGGGUGGGAAUGAACAAAGGGGGAGGGGGAACGAAGGGAAAAGGAGGCAAACUGCUCUCCCUCACUGUCAAAAACUAUCAAACUAUCACGGAUUUCUUCCACGAGUUAUUUGGCGACUACUCAGGAUGGGCUCAUACGGUCUUGUUUUGCUCUGACCUGAGAGAGGUACCUGGCAAGAGGAAAUUGGAGGAGCAACUGGGCAAAACUGCAUUAAAGACAACUGUAGAACCAGUGAAAGAAGAAUUCAAACCCAGUGAUGGAAAAAUUUUGAAAACUGCAAGUGAUGAGCAAAUUUAUGGAUAGAGGUAGAGACAGAAGCGUGGUGAAGGCGGUACCACUAUCAUUACCAUUGUGUCGUCGAAAUUUUCUGGGCCAACGCUGCAGCCAGAACCUCAUCUCAGCUGUUGCUUGAAUGCAUAUCUGCAGAAAUUACAUCAAAUUAUGAUACUUGGAAAACACUAACAAAGGGACUUGAAAUUCUACAUCGAACAUUUGAAAAGUGCGUCAUUCCGAAACCGAAAUACCUUGCUUUCCUAGACUGCCGAUCGCUUUGUUAAUAUGACAUAAUAUGUAAACUCCGUAGUUUCAAAUGUAUAAUGUGGGUUAACAAUAUGCUUGAGUAGUUUG